GGCGCUGUGACCGGCGUAUAUUUGGAGCAGGACGCAGCAGAUGACGGAGCCGCUCGCUUCCUUCGGGGCCAUCGCCGACGUCCAACAUGCUGACGUGGACGACGCAUGGAACUACACAAAGACGUCGAAGCGCUACUACCGCGACGCCCGGCGCCACCUCGAGGCCGCGGUCGACGCCUGGCUGCUCGAGGCCACGACCUGCCCACUGCGCUUCGUCGUCAACCUCGGCGACCUUCUCGACGGCAAGAACGUUGCACUCGGUCAGUCGCAAUCGGCGCUCGCGCUGCUCCGUGGCACCUUGGAGCGCUUCCAGGACCGCGUCGGGCCCGUCCACCACUGCAUUGGGAACCACGAGCUGUACAACUUUACGCGGGACGAGUACCUCCGUCUCCUCGUGCACCGAACGUCGUCGCCCCAUGCGCUAGUCUCGUCGCUGCCGCCGCCCGCGACCACGGUCGCCUACUACUCGUUUACGAUCCCCGACGCGCCGACGUACGUCUUUGCGGUGCUGGAUCCUUACGACAACUCGGUGCUUGGCAGCCCCCCGGGGUCGGCCGAGCACAGUGCGUGCAAAGAGUUUUUGCGUCAGCGCAAUCCCAACGCGGAUCUCAAUUCGUCCGACAAUCUCGACGGCCCGGCAAGGCGCUUUGUCGAGUACAACGGUGGCGUUGCAUCGCGCCAGCUCCAGUGGCUCGACGCGCUGCUUGCAGCGGCCGACGCUCAGAGCCAGCACGUCGUGCUCUUCUCCCACGUGCCGCUGCACCCAGACUCAUGCCACCCGGCGUGCCUCCUCUGGAACUACGACGAGUUGCUUGGGCUGCUGCACGCCCAUGCUAGCGUCAAGGCCGUCCUCAGCGGCCACUGCCAUGAGAAUGGCUACACGCGCGAUGCAUCCGGCGUCCACUACGUUGUCUUCCAAGCCGCGCUCGAAGCCCGAGAGAAUGCGUAUGCGACCAUUGACCUCUUCCCGUCCAUGCUGCGGAUCCGUGGCGUCGGCCAGGUCCCAUCACGCGACUUGGCGCUGUCGUGACGGCUCACGCGAUAGAGAUCAUCGUAGAUACGAUGGUGCAUGCUUGGAUUACCGGCGAACCUUUUGCUUCUUCA